AGCUGCAUGUAUGCAUGUACUGUAUAAAAUAAUAUUAAUGAACUAGAUCUAGCUAGCUAGCCCAGCAGAGCUAAAGGUAAUAAAAGUGUAGGCCUAUAGAAGAGCCAAGAGAGUUGGUAUGGAUGAUCAUGUGAAUUUGGUGGGAACAGAAGCUGAGCAAGAAAGCAUUGCCAGAAGUUUAGAGCCUGGAGCUACAGCGGCUACCUCUGGAUAUGAGCGUUCUGGUCAGACGGAGCACCUUGAAGGUUAUGACCCCUAUUCUUUUAGUAAGGAAUUGGAAAAGUUGGAUGAAAUGAGUAAAACCCUCGAGACAGUAAAGCAAAACUUCAACAAAUGUAGCAUGGGAAGCUUACUACUGAACGCUGAUGUUGUGACAAUGUUUGAUCCUGUUUCAAGUGAGCAGCUCAAGUCGAUUGUCAUGAGCUGCAACAAAUGUGCAGAUAAAAUCGCUGAUAUGCAAACACAAUCCAUUGACAAGAGCAGUCACAAUGAGGACAAGAGCAGUCACGACGAGGGCAUGAGCAGUCCCUGUACACUAGCUCAAGAUUCAAUGGCUACUAGUGAAACUGAAACAGACACUCAAGAGCCCAUGGAACAUGAUCAAAGUAUCAACCCAUGUUCCACUGAUCAACCACUUCAUGAAGAUUGA